AUGACUAUCCAAAGGCUGGCUGAAGAUUCCCUUCCUUACCCUCUGCGCACGACCAUGGGGAGAAUAAUGCUUCACGUCCGGAGUUCAUCACCCGCAAAAGGCUUUGAUGGUCGCUUUCCCGCCAGACACCAUUGGACAUGCGCCGUUCCGCCACAGGCCAUUGACGUUCCACCGGCCUCGAUACUUCACGUCCCAGGCCCGCCGCUGGGCAAGAUAUCAUGGUAUUACAUUGCCUGGUACGACUUUUGGCUCCGGCGAAACGAUAAGAUCGCACAGUGGCACCUCAGAUACGGCCCUGUAAUAUGCUUUCGGCCCGGGGAGGUUUCGUUCGCUUCCUCCGGACUGAUGAGGGAAAUAUACGGGACGGCGGGCAAGUAUACAAAAAGCGAGCUUUUCGAGAAUUUCAUGGUCUAUGGUCAAAAACCGCUGUUUUCGAUUGGGCCAUACUGGGAACACAGGAAAAAGCGAAUGCUCAUCUCGUCGUUCUAUCAUAAAACUAGUAUCACGAGGCCGGUUAUGGAGAAAUGGCUACGGCAGAAUAUUAUGAAACUCGUCGCACAGAUUGAAAGGGCAAUUGUGCAGCAACAUGGAAAUGAGGACAAGGCCCCUGCAAAGGCCAUGCUGGAUGCGUAUCCGUUAUUCAACUGCUUCGCAUUCGACAAUAUCACACAUGUCCUUUUCGGAUCAAAGUACGGUGCCAAAACCAUUGCGAACGACUGUCCAGAACGGAAGAUUCUCCUGGGUAUUAAACAAGCGCAGAUGUGGGGGCCGUUCAAGUUCAAUUUUCCGGCGCUUGCUUGGAUAACUUCCAAAGCGAUGCAUGUCUUUCCGACUGGGAUAGCUUCUCUGCUGGUACCAGAUACUUUGCGGCUCUGCCUCAAGUCUGAGGACGAAAUGGCAAGCUGGAAUUGGAACACCUUGCAAACUGCAUUGGCCGAUUUAGACGCUGUGGAAGACUAUACUUUGCUUCAGCGGAUGCUUUCCUGCAGAGCAAAAGCCCCCGAAACGCUUGAGACCCCAUACAUCGCCGCAGAGUUGUACGACAACAUCAACGCAGCUCAAGAAACAGUGGCCGUCGGUCUAAUCUAUUUGAUCUUCCAUCUUGCAAGACAGCAUUCGUGGCAAGCUAGAAUCCGCAGCGACCUUUUGAGCCUGAAUAUUGCCGAAGACGGUUUUCCCGCAUGGACAGAUAUCGAUAAGCUCUCCUCACUGGACGCGUUCAUGCGAGAAGCACUUCGAGUCAAUCCUGGCGCGAGCGGGCGACAAGAGCGAUACAUAGAAGAUUCGAAGAAGGAUUACAAUGGCAUAUGUCUUCCUAUUGGGACCCGUGUCACAGCGUCCACCAUUGCCUUACACCAGGAUCCAAGCGUCUUUCCCCAUCCGGAGGAGUUCCGCCCAGAAAGGUGGCUCGAUCAAACACCCGAGACGCUGAGGCAAAUGGAGAAUAGUUUCAUUCCUUUUGGUUACGGCGCGAGGAUAUGUCUUGGAAAGGCCCUUGGAAUCAUGGAACUGAAAAUGCUUGCUGCCUUCUUGCUACUCCGAUAUGAGAUUGCGACAACACCCGAGAUGGGAGAUGGAAAAUCCGGCCCUAUGUGGCAAUGUGGCUCCAUAGAAGCAGUGCCAAUCGGCUUGAAAGGCGAAAUGAUAUUUACCAAGCUUGACAUGUACUGA